UUGUCGGAAGCGUGUCACAUAGCCUAGCCUUCGCGGAAGUUCGUCACGUAGCAGUUGCUCGCGCACAGCGGAUGUUUGUCGCUGCUUAGGUGACGCUGAAAAGUGUUUGCAGCCUUCGCCGCUGCCUUCUGGUGGAAGCACUAUGGAGGGAGAGAGAAAGAACAACAACAAACGAUGGUAUUUUACUCGAGAACAGCUGGAAAACAGCCCAUCCCGUCGUUUGGGCCUGGACGCAGAUAAAGAACUUUCAUACCGCCAGCAGGCGGCCAAUCUGCUCCAAGACAUGGGGCAACGACUUAAUGUUUCGCAGUUGACUAUCAACACUGCGAUAGUAUACAUGCAUCGAUUCUACAUGAUUCAGUCCUUUACACAGUUCCAUCGAAAUUCUGUGGCCCCAGCAGCCUUAUUUCUAGCUGCUAAAAUAGAAGAACAGCCAAAAAAGUUGGAAAACGUCAUCAAGGUAGCACAUACUUGUCUCCAUCCACAGGAAUCACUUCCUGAUACUAGGAGUGAGGCCUACCUGCAACAAGUUCAAGAUCUAGUGAUAAUAGAAAGCAUAAUUCUACAGACUUUAGGCUUUGAACUAACAAUUGAUCACCCACAUACAUAUGUGGUGAAGUGUACUCAACUUGUUCGAGCAAGCAAGGACUUGGCACAGACUUCUUACUUCAUGGCAACCAACAGCCUACAUUUGACCACAUUUAGCCUGCAGUACACACCUCCUGUGGUGGCCUGUGUUUGCAUUCAUCUGGCUUGCAAGUGGUCCAACUGGGAGAUCCCAGUCUCAACUGAUGGGAAGCACUGGUGGGAGUAUGUUGAUGCCACUGUGACCUUGGAACUUUUAGAUGAACUGACACAUGAAUUUCUACAAAUUCUGGAGAAAACCCCCAACAGACUCAAACGAAUUCGGAAUUGGAGGGCCUGCCAGGCUGCCCAGAAAACAAAAGCAGAUGACCGAGGAGCAGAUGAAAACACUUCGGAGCAGACAAUCCUCAACAUGAUUUCUCAGAGCUCUUCAGAUACAACUAUUGCAGGUUUAAUGAGCAUGUCAAGUACUUCUACUACAAGUUCAGUGCCUUCCCUUCCUGCUACUGAAGAGUCAUCCAGCAACUUAAGCAAUGUGGAAGUGUUGCCAACUGAGUGCUGGCUGCCUUCCCAACCUCCUUUUAAACUAGAACCUGCUCAUCAGACUAGUGAGAAUUUAGCACUUGUUGAUCAUUCCUUGCAACAGGACAGUUCAAAUGCAUUUAUUCCCCAGAAGCAGAAUAGUAAGAGUGUGCCGUCAGCUAAAGUGUCACUGAAAGAAUACCGCGCAAAGCAUGCAGAAGAGUUGGCUGCCCAGAAGAGGCAAUUGGAGAACAUGGAAGCCAAUGUGAAAUCACAGUAUGCAUAUGCUGCCCAGAAUCUCCUGUCUCACCAUGAUAGCCAUUCUUCAGUCAUUCUGAAAAUGCCCAUAGAGGGCUCAGAAAACCCUGAGCGGCCUUUUCUGGAAAAGGCUGACAAAGCAGCUCUCAAAAUGAGAAUCCCAGUGGCAGUUGGAGAUAAAGCUGCCUCUUCAAAACCAGAGGAGAUAAAAAUGCGCAUUAAAGUCCAUGCUGCAGCUGACAAGCUCAGUGCUAUAGAUGACAGUGUCACAAAGAGCCAAGAGCACAAAGAAAAGCUCAAGACUCAUCCAUCUAAUCAUCAUCAUCAUCACAAUCACCACCCAAACAAUCACUCUCACCAACAGCUUCCUAUUGGUAAUGGGAACAAACGUCCAGGUGAUCCAAAACAUAGUAGCCAGACAAGCACCUUAGCACACAAAACCUAUAGCUGGUCUAGUUCUUUCUCUAACAGUUCUACUCGUAAAAGGGGCCCCCCUGAAGAGACUGGAGGGGCAGUGUUUGAUCAUCCAGCCAAGAUUGCCAAGAGUACUAAAUCCUCUUCCAUAAAUUUCUUCCCUCCUCUUCCUACAGUGGCCCAGUUGCCUGGGCAUAGCUCAGACAUGAGUGGCCUUUCUUUUUCACAGCCCAGCUGUAAAACUCGAGUUCCUUAUAUGAAACUGGAUAAAGGGCGCACCGGGGCCAAUGGUCACAAUGCAGCCCAGACAAUAGACUAUCAAGAUACUGUGAAUAUGCUUCACUCCCUUCUCAGUGCUCAGGGUGUUCAGCCCACUCCACCCCCUGCAUUUGAAUUUGUUCAUUCCUAUGGAGAAUAUCUGAAUCCACGGGCUGGUGGAAUGUCCUCCAGAUCUGGUAAUACAGACAAACCCCGGCUACCACCUCUACCAUCAGAACCUCCUCCACCACUUCCACCCCUUCCUAAGUAAAAAAAAGAAAAAGAAGAGGAAAAGACUUAUGUGAAAACACUUUUUUUUUUUUUUUAACUACUGAUUCUGGACUAAGAAAAUUACUUCCCUUAUGAAAUACAUAACCCUUCUUGGACUAGGAAAUAAAUACUGAGAUGUAGGGGGGAGGGUGGUAAAGGGGCUUGGUUAUUAUAUCUACUGCCUCAGAAAUUUAACUAUUUUAUUAUAGUUUUUACUGGUAUUAGAGAGGUAAGAAUGUGUUGAAGCUGUGAAGGAUUAAGAAUACUUCAUUCUUGGCCUCUCCACCUCCUAAUUAGGUUGAUUAGAGUUAGUAUCUUCCCUCUUCUUGCCAGGACUGAAAUAUGGAAAGUUUGUUUAUCAAACACUUGUGGAUCCUUUUGGUGUUUAAUAUAUCAGAAGAGAGGAAGUGUUUAAACAUCAAAAUCUUAUAAGAGACUUAAAAAAAUAAUUUAAAGUAAGUUAUCUGUUUAGUUUUUAUAUAUAAUUGGGGAGGGAAUAAGGAUAUUACUGUGUGUAUAAGAUACAUAGCAGUGACUUCUUGGGGUGGGAUUCAAGGGUUGGGGGGAUGUGCAAGGGGAAUGGGGUGUUUGACUUUUGGCCAUGAGUUCUGAGAUAGGCUCCAGCCACUUGAAGUGUUGAGACCUUUAAGUAUGUAUGUGAGUGUGGGUAUGUGUGUUUUUAAGUGUGUGUAAAACCAUGUUCCCACCCUGUCCCUCACCAUUCUCACUUCCCAACAUUCUACUAGAGAGAACAUGGUGUGGCCUUUAGAACAUAAAGGAAGGAAGAGGCAUGUAUUUAACAUGUAUUUUCCCUGGUCUUUAUGUUGUAGUCGAGUGGUAGCCUUCUAAAUUACAGUUGGGGCAAGUGCAGCCAAUGCCUGACUCUGGAUGCCAUUAUAAAAACUUCUUUUUUAACCUUUACCCUUUUUCAAAGAUGGGGAUGAGGAAGGAGGAUUGGAGAGCAAGGCCAGCUUCUGUCCUACAGAAUUGGGUGUGUCUUUUUCAAGUCUGGCUUUGGGAAAAUGUUUAAGAGCAGCCUCUGUGAAAGCCCAGACUAUAUAUGAGAAUUGUUCUGGGAGAAGCCAUGCAGCUAGAAGAUACUGAAAACAACAGAAUUAUGAUUGGGAAUCCUUAGGAUAUUUUAUUUUAAAUUACAUUAUAAUGCAAGACUUGUUUUUUAUUUGUGUAUAUGAAGGGAAACACCUGCAGCCUCAAUUUUUGCGGCUCAUACAACUUCAGAGAUUGGAGCUAGUGAAUUUAACAGUACUGGUGUCAUGAGGGUAAGCAGGCUGAGCCCACAGAUACUGUUAAUGUUCAGAUUGUCCACCUUUGGGAGCUUUAGCUUCUAGGCACAGGAUUUUCAGGAGAUAUCUAAGAGCCUUUAAAAAAUAUCAAUCAGGAGUCCUAUUCUUAGGGAUGCUUGAUUAUCUCAAAUUUUGGGAGUGAACAUUUUGUUGAGGAAGGAAAUCUUCCAAGAGGCUAGAAAAUUCUAAGCUAAGUUGUCUUUAACUAAAAAUGCCAUCAAGCCACAGAUCAUUUGGAGUAAUAUUCUUGGUCUUCAUGGCAUUUUUUGGUGUGGAAAAGAUGAUGGAAAUUGAAUUUGUCUUCUAGUUUUUAAUGCACCUUCCUUCACACCAAAUAUUCUUUAUAGAGAAGAUGAAUUUUUUUUGAUUGGCAGUCAUAGGAAGAUAGGAGUUGUGCUGCUACUUGCCAGGAAGAGGUUGGGGAAAAACUGAGGCAGCUGGAAUUGAUGGUGCAUUAGCCUAAUAUGAGAAGGAAUUUGUACAGUAAACCUUAAGGUGAAUUAGCAUCCUGUGUCUCUGCUUAUUUGAACUGUCCGGAGUACUUGCCAUUGCUAUGUAAAUAAGCUCUUUGCUGCCCUAUAAAUUGUAAUAUUCUGGACUUGGAAUGUCACUUCAUUUCUAUAGAUGGCAUUUUUCUCCUUGAUAUUUUCUGUGUUGUUCUCGGUAAUUGGUAGAUGUGUUUACUAAAUUUAGGCUUUCUAAUUGUCUAGAUUUUGUUUGUUGGAGUCUCCUUUUCUUCCUGAACUUCUCAAAAGGUUUAGUUUGCAUCUGUAUCUUUGUGGAAUUGAUGAUCACUGAUUUGAUGAUGAAAAUGUCUUUUCCAGCUUUCAGUUUUUCUCGCCAAAUGUCAUAUUAUUUCUAAUGAUAUGCACUCUCACAUACAUAGCCAGUUGGCCUCAUAGCAGUUCUCCAUGGCAUGGAGUUGGUUGCUUAGAACUUUGUCAAGAGUAAACUAGAAAAAAGUGUUUAUUAAAGCCGAAGAGCUGCAUUAUGCUGCACAGUCUGGCCUUUGCACUAGUACAUCAUUGCUGAUACAGAUCAACUUAGGGACUUACUAUAUUAAGGCCUCCUGAUACUGUUUUAAGUUACCUGCAGUAUCUGCUUUUAGACUUAUGCAUGUCUGGGCUCUCUCUGAAGUUGCUGCAUUGUCUUUGGGCUAGUAGAUGUGCCUGUUAGGUAGCAUGGCUGUUAAGUCCAAAUUCCAUAAACUUAGGCUUCAAAGGGUUGUGUGGUUUCUAAACUUUGUGUCUUCUCUACCCUCACACCUUCAGAGGGUGAGAAAUGGGGAUUUGUACAGCCAAAGUUAGUCUAGUAAAUGGCUUUUUUCCCCCCCGACUUUUAAACCUAGACUAUCAAGGAUACAUGUGGUAAACAGGUCUGUCUGGAGCCUCAGGUUCUGUAAAUCGUGUUCCUAAAACUUUGCUUGCCCCUCAUGUUGGUAAAAAAAAUACCUGUGGAUUGUCCUUGGGGCUUUUAGUCAGAUGUCUGUGUUUCUGUUAGCCGAACUCCAGUGAAGCAUUAAUCUAAAAGCUAUAUUGGUCUUCUGAAGUAUCAGUUAUGCUUUUUGGGUUUAGAAAGUGCUUAGGAAUUAGUCUAGUGUGUUUCCAUAUCUGAGACCCCCAGCUUCCUCUUUUAAAAAGUGAUUUUAGUGUUUGAUUUAAUAUAUCAUUUUUCAUAGUUCUGUGUUACUGGCUUCACCAGUGUUGAUAGAGAAAAUUUAAAUCUCCAGUUGGAAGCAGCACUGGAUUAGGAUAUAGAAAUAAAUCAUGGUAACAUCAGUGCUGAAUGUCCUUAAACCUCUGCUGCCUAAUUCCCUGUAUUGAAAAUGCAUACCCUUCAUACUUUGCAUCUGGACAAAGGCAAUUAGAGGAGUCUUAUCCUGGUAUGGUUGGGUUUUCAACAUACUGUGUUUUCCACAGAAACACAGGAACAGUGGGACUUGGAACUGAUUAAUUUUUGAAAAGGAUUAUUUGCUGAUGAAUUAUUUUCUAAUAAAUGCUAGGAAAAGGGAGAUUCUAGAACAUCUUGGAAGUUGGGAUACAAAUAUUAUUGUCUUGGGUUUGGGAGAAUUAAAGCAGUCUAUGCAACCCUUCACAUGGUGAGAAAUAAGCCCUCCACAGCUCCACUAAAGUUUCAGUAUCUUUGAUACCUCCCCAGAUUUCUUGUGUUGCUGCUUGUUAACAACCCAACUGAGUGUUUGCUCCUGAUGGUUUAAGAAACGUUCAUGUUGUAUCACACUGUCAGGUUUUAUUCUGUCUUUUUAUUCUUCUGUAGAUGUGAGUUUAAAACAAGUAUGGUAUUGUAAUCCAACCAGAUGGAGUGGUCUGGAAAGAGAAUUAUUUUUUAAAUGGGAGGUCCUUCCAUUUUAAUGUUUCUAAAAUUUUUAAUAUGAACUUGGCAUUGGAAAAGGGAGGGAAAGAAACUGAAUGUUUACCAAAAGUCUGUGUCUACUUCUCUUUUAUGUGAGUUUGUAUUCAUGGUUGAAUGAAAAGGAGAGAAAGACUCUUGGGUUUUCUGUUGCCAUGUUAAACAUGGAGAGGGAUGCUUGACAGCAUGCUAAUUGAAGCCAGAGGAAGUAUGUCUCCAUCAGGUUAUCAGAAACUCUUCAGCCAAAAGCUGAGGACCAAACUGAUUAGUGGUUGAUCACAGUGGAAUUGGUUAUAAGAUAUAAGUGCUGGCUGGGUUAAAUACCGAAACUGACUUUUCCCUCAUCCUACUCCACACACCUAAAACUCUUUUCUUAUUAGACCAAAGAGCAAAGAAGAAGAAGAAAAAAACAGUAAAACACCUUACCAAUCUAUGUCACUCAGGUACAAUUUUGUGGUAAUAUUUUUGCCUGUUUUCUUUGUAUUGCUCUUAAGAGCUCUUUGUCAGCAUUUUAUUCUGCUGUUGACUCUAUCCUCCUUGGGGCAUCUCAGUUCUGGAUGCUACCCCUGGGAUCUCUACUGCUGUUUAGUGAGUGGUAGGAUGUAAGUGACCAUUACAGUAAGGGCUCUUUGUAAAAAUUUCAAAAAAAUUUUUUUUUAAUUUAAAAAAGGAUGCUGUAUACCUUUUAUAGUCUGGCUAUCAGUUUGAUAAUCUCGCUGUCAAGUAUGUUUCUCAAUCUGUAUUUAUCCAUCCCAUCAAUAAAUGUUAAUGAUAUAAAACA